UCUUCCCCUAAACGCCUGCAUUUCUGGCCAGCGCCACCAGCCCCAGCGGGCUCCCGGGGCUUUCCGCGCACGCCGUUGGGCCCGCCCUUCCCUGCGCACGGAGACUCCAGCGCGUCGGGGACGCGGAGAGCGCCAGGCCGGGAGCAGCCCCUGGACAGCGCACGCACCAUGGCUGCGCUCUCCUGGCUGGCGGCCGCGCCGCUGCUGCUGCUGGACUGGCUGCUGCUGCGCCCCGGGCUGCCGGGGAUCUUCGCCCUGCUGGUCCCGGAGGCGCCGCUGCUCCGCGUCUGGGCGGUGGGACUGAGCCGCUGGGCCGUCCUGGGGAUAGGGGUCCGUGGGGUCCUCAGGGUCACCGAGGGAGCGCAUGGCUGGCUGGCAGCUUUGCAGCCGCUGGCGGCGGCGCUGGGUUUGGCCCAGCCUGGACUUGCCUUGUUCCGAGAGCUGGCCGCCUGGGCAGGACUCCGCGGGGGUGACAGCGCCGGACCCCUGCACUGGAGCAGCCGCCCCGACGUCUUCGCUCUCGUCUAUGCGGCGGCAUUGCCCGCAGCCGCCCUGUGGCACAAGCUCGAGGGCCUCUGGGCGCCCGGAGGCCACGGGGGCGCCGGAGACAUGGUGUGUCGGCUGCUGGGCUUCCUGGGCUCCGAGAAGCGGCGGCUCCACCUGGUUCUGAUUCUCUUGGUCCUCUCCUGCCUUGGGGAAAUGGCCAUCCCCUUCUUCACCGGUCGAAUCACUGACUGGAUUCUCCAGGAUAAGGCAGCUCCCAGCUUCACCCGUAACAUAUGGCUCAUGUCCAUCCUCACCAUAGCCAGCACGCUGCUGGAGUUUGCCGGCGAUGGCGCCUACAGCACCGCCAUGGGCUCCAUGCACAGCCGCGUGCACGGGGAGGUCUUUCAGGCCGUCCUGCGCCAGGAGACGGGGUUCUUCCUGCAGAACUCAGCAGGGUCCAUCACGUCUCGGGUGACAGACGACACAUCCAAGGUGUGUGAAUCCAUCAGCGAGAAGCUGAACCUGCUGCUGUGGUACCUGGGGCGAGGCCUGUGUCUCCUGGCGUUCAUGUGUUGGGGGUCACUGCACCUCACUGUGAUCACCCUGGUCACUCUGCCCCUGCUUUUCCUCCUGCCUAGGAAGCUGGGGAAAGUGUACCAGUCUCUGGCAGCGAAGGUGCAGGAGUCUCUUGCAGAGUCCACGCAGGUGGCCAUCGAGGCCCUGUCAGCGAUGCCUACCGUCCGGAGCUUUGCCAACGAGGACGGAGAGGCCCAGAAGUUCAGGCAGAAGUUGGAGGAAAUGAAGACGUUGAACAAGAAAGAGGCCUUGGCUUAUGUAGCUGAAGUCUGGACCACGAGUAUCUCGGGAAUGCUGCUGAAGGUGGGAAUUCUGUACGUCGGCGGGCAGCUGGUGAUCAGAGGGGCUGUGAGCAGCGGGAACCUCGUGUCCUUUGUUCUGUACCAGCUUCAGUUCACGAGGGCUGUUGAGGUCCUGCUCUCCGUGUAUCCCUCGAUGCAGAAGGCCGUGGGCUCCUCAGAGAAAAUAUUCGAAUACCUGGACCGGACCCCUUGCUCUCCACCCAGUGGCUUGUUGGCACCCUUAAACAUGGAAGGCCUUGUUGAGUUCCAAGAUGUCUCCUUCGCCUACCCAAACCGUCCCGAGGACCCAGUGCUUCGGGGUGUGACGUUCACGCUGCAUCCGGGGAAGGUGACCGCCCUGGUGGGCCCCAACGGGUCGGGGAAGAGCACGGUGGCCGCCCUGCUGCAGAACCUGUUCCAGCCCACCGGGGGCCGGGUGCUGCUGGACGGCCAGCCCCUGGCCCGGUAUGAGCACCGCUACCUGCACCAACAGGUGGCCUCAGUGGCACAAGAGCCGCUGCUCUUUGGAAGAAGUUUCCGGGAAAAUAUCGCCUAUGGCCUGACCUGGAAUCCAACCACGGAGGACAUCACCGCUGUGGCCAUGGAGUCUGGCGCCCACGAUUUCAUCUCUAGGCUCCCUCAGGGCUAUGACACAGAGGUUGGGGAGACUGGGAACCAGCUGUCAGGAGGUCAGCGGCAGGCAGUGGCCUUGGCCCGAGCCUUGAUCCGGAAGCCACGCCUGCUCAUCUUGGACGACGCCACCAGCGCCCUGGAUGCUGACAACCAGCUGCGGGUGCGGAGGCUCCUGUACGAGAGCCCACAGCGGGCUUCCCGAGCCGUACUUCUCAUCACCCAGCAGCUCGGCCUGGCAGAGCGGGCCGACCACAUCCUCUUUCUCAAAGAAGGCGCUGUCUGCGAGCAGGGCACACAUCUGCAGCUCAUGGAGCUCGGAGGCUGCUACCGCGCCAUGGUGGAGGCUCCCGAGGCUCCUUCAGACUGAUGGGCCUGUGGACCUGCGCACGGCCCUCCUCCGCUCUCCCCUGCUCGUGCUCUGUGUGAUCCUGGGAGCAAAGCGAUUACACAGCCAUUAUCGCGACAGUUGAGAAGCAGAGGUGUUUGCUACAGGAUGAAAUGUAGCCCUACUGGAUGGCCGGAAUUUACCGUGGAGGUUACCCUCCACACACACAAAUCGCCCCUCAUUGAGACUGGGUUUCAGGUACCCCGGGCUGACCUUGAACCCCCGAUUCUCCUGCCUCCACCCUCCCGUGCCCUGCUGCUGUGACAGCAUGCACCCACAAACCUGGUCUAUGUGGUGUUGGGGAUGGAGUGAGUGAGCAGAAACUCGGCCCAAAAUGUGCAGGGAGAAAGGACCGGCAGCUUGCAAUUAGCCAAAGGCAUAGGCUGGCCUAUGGAUGUCCCCUGGACACUUGAUAUUUAUAAUAAAACUGGUGUUUUGUACUGUG